AGCACUGACGCUGCCGGAGAGAGGGGCCGCUCAGAGACGAGGCUGCGGCAGUCUCACGGCCAGCGGAGCACCAUCCCUGACGCGGACGGGGACGAGGGCAUGCUGGGCGGCGGCAGUGACGCGGGCCUGGCCACCGCCGCGGCGCGGGGACAGGUGGAGACGGUGCGGCAGCUCCUGGAAGCCGGCGCGGAUCCCAACGCCGUCAACCGCUUCGGGAGGCGCCCGAUCCAGGUCAUGAUGAUGGGCAGUGCCCAAGUGGCAGAGCUGCUGCUGCUCCACGGAGCGGAACCCAACUGCGCCGACCCAGCCACCCUCACCAGACCUGUGCACGACGCGGCUCGGGAGGGCUUCCUGGACACGCUUGUAGUGCUCCACAGGGCAGGGGCGCGGCUGGACGUGUGUGACGCCUGGGGCCGCCUGCCGGUGGACUUGGCAGAAGAGCAGGGCCACCGUGAUAUUGCGAGGUAUCUGCACGCUGCCACCGGAGACUGAUGGCAAGUUACCUCAGCCUCCUCAAGGACUUUUUCCUCCCCAGUCCCAUCUAGGAUGAGUGCAAGCAGGAAGAAGAUCUGCGCACAGCCAGCAGGCCUUCCAGAACUCUGAACUCUACCCAGGAAGGCAAAGCCAAUCAGAAAUAACUUCCUAAGUGUUUUCUGCGGCUGGAUCGGGCACUCCAGCCUCACUCUGCAUCCAAAGGGCUCACCAAGCAGAUUUAGUAUUGUGUGAAGUUCUGGGGGCCCUUUAUCUUUCAGGUGUAAAAUAGCAAGGGAGAUCUUGAAUCUCUGCCAGAAGAUGCUGCUGUGGGGAUUG